UUCUCCCAGCUUUACAGUCCAACAAUUUUUAGCUGGAAUAUAAUCAUAAGAGGCUAUUCAAAUAGCAAGAGUCCAAUUCAUUCCCUAUCCAUUUUUCUAAAAAUGCAGCAACUUGGGGUUGCACCAAACUACCUAACAUACCCCUUUCUUGUGAAGGCCUCAGCACGCCUUUCAAACCAGGAAAGUGGUGUUUCUCUGCAUGCCCAAAUUAUAAAAACUGGGCACGAGUCUGAUAUAUUUAUCCAAAACUCUUUGAUUCACAUGUAUGCCUCUUGUGGGAAUAUUAUUGGGGCCCACAAGGUAUUUGAUAGUAUGCAGGGAAAAAAUUUGGUAUCAUGGAAUUCCAUGUUAGAUGGCUAUGCUAAGUGUGGAGAUAUGGUUUUGGCUCAUAAAGUUUUUGAGUCUAUGCAAGAUAGGGAUGUUCGGUCAUGGAGUUCUUUGAUUGAUGGUUAUGUGAAGGCUGGGGAGUACAGGGAAGCUAUGGCCAUCUUUGAAAAGAUGCAGGUUGUUGGUCCCAAGUCCAAUGAAGUUACUAUGGUGAGUGUCUUGUCUGCUUGUGCACACCUAGGUGCUCUAGAAAAGGGAAGAAUGAUGCACAAGUACAUUGUUAACAAUGGUUUACCAAUGACAAUGGUCUUACAGACUUCUCUUGUGGACAUGUAUGCCAAAUGUGGGGCAAUAGAGGAUGCUUUGUUUGUAUUUCGUGGCGUCUCAAAGAGUCAAACUGAUGUGUUCAUUUGGAAUGCAAUCAUUGGUGGUCUUGCCACACAUGGGUUAGUGGAAGAAUCUCUUAAAUUGUUUAAGGAAAUGCAAAUGGUUGGUAUCCGAUCUGAUGAGAUAACAUACCUCUGCUUGUUGGCUGCGUGUGCCCAUGGAGGACUAGUUAAAGAAGCAUGGUACUUCUUUGAGAGCCUUGUUAAAUGUGGCAUGACACCUACAAGUGAGCACUAUGCUUGCAUGGUAGAUGUGCUGGCGCGUGCAGGUCAAUUAACUGCUGCAUAUCAAUUUAUUUGUCAAAUGCCGAUAGAACCAACCGCUCCCAUGUUAGGUGCUCUUCUUAGUGGGUGUAUUAAUCAUAGAAAUUUAGAUCUUGCAGAAAUAGUUGGCAAGAAGCUUAUUGAACUUGAUCCAAACAAUGAUGGGAGAUAUAUUGGCUUGUCAAAUGUUUACGCA